AUGUUUACCUCUGAUCAAUUGUUAUCUUAUUCAAUCAUCCUCCUACCAGUUAAUUCGUUCUUAUACCUUUUAUUGAUCAGCCUCUUUAGUCCUUUGGCCAAUUGUUCCAAAUUCAACAAUGCCCAAAACAAAGAUGAAGAAGCGUAUUCAACAAGAAGACAGGUCGUCAUCGCUGCCACCUGCUUUAGAACAUCAAAAAUCCAAAAAAAGUGUGCCCCGUCUGCGAGCUCUUCCCGACCUCGAAAGAACUCUAAUCUGCCUAGCAACAAUCGUUCCAACACCACAAAUUUGUCGACUUUAGCACAUUCUCAACCUACGAACAACUCAUUGGCUUUAGCCCAUUCACAGCCGACUAACGCCACCAGCUUUUCCCAGCCACAUGUUCUGACCAACAGUCAAAAAGCGUAUCUAAAGCAUGUUACUGAGACUCUUGAUCUUUCUAGCAAAGCCCAUGAGAAGGCACUAAAGGCUACCCGUCCUGAAAAUGAAUUCAUUGGAACGAUUGGCUACCUUUCCUACAUCCAGCAAACAAUCGAGCAGGGAUUGAGUGGGGAAAACCUCCCUUCUGCCCUUGCACCAGCUGCUGCUAGCAUCUGGCGCCCUUCUGAUAUACUAAAGGCGAGUUUAAUCUUCUUUGAUGUUGUUCGACGAGACUUUAAUGCCCUGAUCAUGGAUGUCAAGAUUCAGGCUUAUUCUUGUAUCCGUGACUCAAAACGAUCUGCCAUACGACAAUGCUUUGAUGCAUUAUGCAAGAAAUACAUCAAGUCCAGAGACAAACAAUUCAUCAAAGCCCAUUACCCUACUGGAUACGAAACACCUGAUGGGGCUGAAGCAGUCAAAACUAUCACUGACUGGGCUAAUCGAUGUGCAACAGACACCCGUAGCCGUUUACGACAUUGUCUUCUCAUAGAUGUGAAGCCUUCAGGAAACGAAGCUUCCAUGAAUGCCAUGCCCAGCCUUCAACAACUUACUAGCUUGGUAAGAUUUUAUGUCUCCAAAGACUUCAAACACCGUCUCGCCUUCUUACGCAUACAUGCUGUGUACACCAUGCAAAACCCAAGCACCGAUCAUUAUGAAAAAAAACAUGGAAAGUUGUACAAAACUGCGUUCUACAAUUUAUACAUGCAAUACAACAAACGCUAUUUUGAAGCAUCAUACUGCUACAGUCAGAUUUUACCUUCUGAACGACUUAAUCCCCCUACAGAAACUGAAAUCAAGACAGAGUACCAGCACUUGAAAGAGAAGAGUGAAGCCAAACAGAACAGACAUCAAGAUGAAGUUGAAGAGGAAGAUAAUGCCCGCCCUGCAGCUGAAGAUGACCUUUCUGAUCGGCUUGGCGAUGAGGAUGACUUUUUACCUGAUGAUGAGGAUGACUUCUUACCUGAUGAUGAGGAUGAUGGCUUACCUGACAAUGAGGAUGAUGGCUUACCUGAUGAUGAGGAUGAUGGCUUACCUGACAAUGAGGAUGAUGGCUCACUUGACGAUGAGGAUGAUGGCUCACUUGAAAUUUAA